AUGUCUGCUGGAGAAGAACAUGAGGAUUUGUUAGGUAUCAACAAGCUUAGCGUGGACUACAGCUAUCUGCUAUACAAAAUCCAAGAUCAUGUGGAGUCUAUUCAAUUGCAGACCACCAAGAUCUGCGUGAGUGAAAAUCAGUCUAUUACAGAAGGUAUAAUUGCCAAUAUUGUGGACAAAAAUAUAGAAGAUUAUAACUUGCUUUUAAAGAAAUGUGAGGAACUAGAACAUUAUUUUGAUAUGCUGGAUCAAAUCGAAGUGAUUUCUGAAACUUUUAAAGACCGAUUAAGGGAAGCUACCAAAGAUUUAGUCGAUAUAAACCGGAAAAGGGGUCAUCGAUGA